AUGGGCUUCAAGGAAGGUGACGCUAAGAAGGGCGCCGGUCUCUUCAAGACCCGAUGCGCUCAGUGCCACACCCUCGGUGCUGGCGAGCCCAACAAGGUCGGCCCCAACCUGCACGGUCUCUUCGGCCGCAAGUCCGGCACUGUCGAUGGAUUUUCUUAUACACAGGCAAACAUCAACAAGGGUGUGACCUGGGACGAGGAAACCCUCUUCGAGUACUUGGAGAACCCGAAAAAGUACAUCCCAGGUACCAAGAUGGCUUUCGCUGGUCUCAAGAAGGACAAGGACCGCAACGAUCUCAUUACCCACCUCCGCGAGGAGACCAAGUAA